AUGGGCGGUGGUAGCCUUAUUAAAAGAAAAAAGAUUAGAAGUUUGAUAACAAAAGGAAGGGCUGAUUUCUUUCUUAUACAAGAAACGAAAUUGAAAGAUAUUAAUGAGGCGAUGGUUAGAAGUUUGUUGGGGGAGGAUGAUAUGGAUUUUUCUUUUUCAGCUUCAGAAGGAUUAUCAGGUGGAUUACUGUCCAUUUGGAGAACUCAAACAGUUAGUGUCUUGGCUAGUUUUUCUAGACCGGGGUUCCUUGGAUCAAAAGUUUUGUGGAAAGGAGAUUAUUUCUACGUUUUUAAUGUUUACUCUGCUUGUGCUUUGCCUCUAAAGCGCAUUUUAUGGACCCGGUUGAUCGAUCUGAAAAACAAAUAUCAAGACGGAGAAUGGAUAAUAGCGGGAGAUUUUAAUGUAGUAAAAAAGAGAAGCGAGAGACGUGGUCUUUCUUCUAGGAGUUGCAAUGUUGAAUGGAGAGAGUUUUCGGAUUUCAUUGAUGAAACCGGGCUAGUAGACGUGCCUUGCAAAGGCAAGAGGUUCUCUUGGUUUAGUGGGGAUGGAAAAUCAAAGAGCAGAAUCGAUAGAUUUCUCAUUUCCAAUAAUAUUAUCUUGUCUUGGGGGGUGGUUGGUCAAUGGAUAGGCAUGAGAGAUGUUUCCGAUCAUUGCCCGGUGUGGUUGAUGGUUGACAAAGAAGAUUGGAGUGCAAAACCGUUCAAGUUCAAUAAUGAAUGGUUUAAUGACAAGAGCUUCUAUGAAUUUGUUAAGAAGGAGUGGGAGAGGCUUAUCGUUCAUGGGAGGGGAGAUUUUGUUUUGAAGGAGAAAUUUCGCUUAAUUAAAGAGAGAUUGAAGUGGUGGGAAAAAAUGUUUUAG